CGGUGCCGUUAUCUCGAGCUGUAUGUCCGCUGUCCGUGUGUCUCUGUGUGUAGUGUGUAGUGUAUCCGUGCUGUACGAGUGCGUGCAUGUUGCGUGCGUAAUUUGUUGUAUCUGUAUCUGUGGAUUGUGAAAUGGCCAAAAGCAGCGCGUGUUCCGGACUGCCAGCAAAAAUUGUGUAAAAAACCAAACAGUUUUUGAACAUGUUCUAGAGACCAGAAGACGAAUAGACAGCCAGAACUCUUGGCAUUUGGCAAUCAAUUGUUUGUCUAGCCGAUUUCCUCUGUUCCUCCUCUGUCUCGCCACAUCUGUGUGUAUCUUUUGGCAUCACGAAAAGUGUGUAAAAUCCAAUUAAACUCAAAUGAUUCAUUAGCAGCAUUUAUUCACAAAAUUCAUGAGUGACACACUAGAAUUUCCACAUCUCUUAUGAUUUAUGGCACUCAAAAAUGUGAAAGAAUUAUUGUCGAACCGAAAUUUGUGGCUUAUUUCGAGAUUUGUUAAUUGAAAAAUUACAAGAAAAAACGAAAAGUAAAAAAACUACAAAGGAAAACAAUUAAUUUUACGAAAAGACAAAAUGCUGCGGAACGUGUUGCUGUUGUAUCCCCUGACCCUGAUCUGUUUGCUCGGCCUGUGGCUGGGAGCCAGCGCUAAUGACCAGCUGAGGAAUGGGCCAGAGGAUGCUGACGAUGAUGAUGGCCUGCAGAAGGUGUUGCUGCCACACGAACCUGCCACAGCCGCCGCCGCCGUCGCCGCCGCUGAUGACUUGAGAAAGGAACGUGAUAAAAGUUCAGCCAAGAUGCAGAAGAUGCUGCUGAUGCAGAGUUACAGAGAAGAAGGCGAGUCGGACCAGAAUCGAGACGAGAAUCUACGACUCCGACACGAGCAGCAUCAUUUGCGGCACCAGCAACGGGCGUGGGAGCAGCCACUGGGACUGGAACGCAGCCCGUUCCGGCCGGUGCGUCAUCAUCAGCAUAAAUCUCAGUGGAAUCCAAAGGCAGAAUCGGAGGCAGUCAGGGGGAUGAAGCUGAGGAAGAUGGAAACGGCCAGGGAGCUGGAGCUAGAGCAGGCGCAGUUAGAGAGAGCCUCCACCGAUUCACCCUGGGAGAUGUAUCUGGAAAAGCAGCCGCAGAAAACCAUUCCCAUCAGAGAUACCCCAACAUUGUCGCCUUCCAAUGGGCACAUUUUGGUUAAACGCAAACUGCACCACAGCCAAUGGGACACCGAUUAUCCCAGCCAGCAACGAGUAGCCCCAGAAGGAGGCCUCACUUCCCAGCAGUGGCAACAAAAGCAAAUUGCCCAUCACCGCCAAAAGCUGAGGCAUCUGAAGGAGAUUCUUGGCCAGCGACAACAGCAGCGACAUCUCCUGACGGGAUUCAAUGAGGCCAAAUCGGAUGAUAAUGAUGUAAGUGCUGGAAAGACAUUAGAAGACGGCAACGAUGGCCAUGAUGUUGAAAACAUUUACUCACCCAACUACAUAACGGGAAAGCUAACUCAGAAAAAGGAGGAACAAUUGGGGACGCCCGAGGCAGCGCUCAAAACACGACGACAACAAGCCCUCAUGCAGAAGCGGGAAAGAGCGCUGGCCCAGGCCCACAUGCAUCAGGUGAUGACGGAUGCCACCUGUCGCGUGCCCCAGCCACGUUGCCAGCGCGUCCAGCAGGACCCCUCGAAAAUCUACACGCCCCACUGCACCGUUCUGCACCGCUGCAGCGAGGACAGCGGCUGCUGCCCCAGCCGCACCCAGAUUUGUGCCGCCAAGAGCACCCACAACGUUGAAUUGCAUUUCUUUGUGAAAAGCAAUAAACAGCAUCGACCCAUUAUCGAGAAGAGAACUUUUGUGAAUCACACCGAAUGCCACUGCAUUGAGAGGUCCAAUUUCAAGGAGGAUGCCGUCGCCCUGGCCAGCACUUCCAUAGUAAGGGCCACCAUCCUGAGCUGCACUUGUCCGCGCAGCUUCGAGGUGAUCCUGCAGGACAAUGGCCAGUGCCGUUGUGAUUGUAGCUCCGGCAACUACGACUGCGACUGGUUGAAGCGGGGCAACGAGCACUUUGCCGUGGACGAUCGCAAAUGCAUAAAACACGGCGGCUGCAAGCCCCCAACCUGCGAGUACGGCCACUACAUGGACAAGCACGGACGCUGCCCCAAGCAGCAUGAGCAGCCCGUCUACAAUGCCAUGUCGUAAGCGGAUGGAGAAGACCCCACUCUCAAGUAAACCUGGAAAAGUAUUAUUCGGUCUGUGUACAGUCGCGCAGGCAGGCAAAAGUUGAAAGCAAAACACCAGGGAUGGAAAGGCAAGGGAAAGGCUUUGGGCAGAGGAUCCAAUAUUUCCAUUCAAAGAAAAGAGAAUAAAGUGAAUUUAGUUGCAUAUCCCAUACAAAUCCCAUACGAAUAAAACCACAGAAAUCUAUAUAGAUAUUUCCCGGACAUACAUAUAUUGACAUAGAUAUCUGCUGAUUGUGUAUUAGAUGUUUUACUACC